UUUGGGGCUUGGCAGGGAGGAUUGUCUGCCUGGCCUCUUUCCUCAGCAUAACGGAGAGAGAAAAUUAGAAAAACGCUGUUCCACCUAUUUUAACCAUCAUUUCUUGGGGGAUCUUCAAAACACACGAAAACACAGAUUUUAUUCCCCCCAAUUAAUCAAUUCUAUUAAAAUGUCUCUUAAUUUCACAUGAUUCUUUUAAUUUUUUUUUGGAUUUGGGUUUUUGUUGACGACGGAUUCUUGGUGAACAAAUCCCUGAAGGUUCUUAGAAACAAACUAGCGCAUAGAAAAGCUUUCCUGAGGCAGUAAGGGGCCAAGCUCAGAAAAGCAUCCUUUGCGGCACCCUAGAGUACUUCAGUCAAGUGGGAUUGCUGCAAUUUUGUGAAGGCUGGCUUCCCACGCUUAAUGGGACAGUGCUGGACUACGUUAUGCAAAGGACAUAGUAAACGACGCCAAACUGGUGGAAAGGUUCAAUAUAUCACUAAAGAAGAGAGUUGGGAAGAAAAGAUAUCAGAGGCCAGGCAAGAUGAUAAAAUUGUUGUGGUUAAAUUUUGUGCAACAUGGUGCAAGAACUGUAAAGAGAUAGCAUCAACCUACCGCGAGCUUGCUGAUAAAUAUCCCUCUUUAUUAUUUCUAUGUGUUGAUGUUGAUGAGAUGACAGAGUUCAGUACUUCAUGGGAUAUUAAAGCCACCCCAACCUUCUAUUUCCUGAGAGCUGGACAACCAAUGGACAAACUAGUCGGAGCCAACAAAGUUGAACUUCUCAGGAAGCUUGCUACCAUUGCUGAAUUAUCGGCGAGGAUGUGAAGUUCAGAGCUUUUGCUGAAAAACAAUGGCGUGUCAUUGUUGUCUUUGCUUGUAUAAAAAUGACGAGUGUGGCUUUGCUUUCCUGAUGCUAUAAGAAGUCAGUUCAUGUGUUGUAAAAGCUUUUGUACAUGCUUACACUCUAAUCAGAAGAUGAUUAAUGAAGUUUGAAAGACAAAAAGGAUUUUCAUAUCUAAUACGUCUACGUUGGUCUAACUUUGCACAAACGUAAUAAUUUCUCUUUAUCUUGAAACA